UAUAGGCUCUAUGUGUCCACUGCCUCAAUAUCAGAGUCUACUCCGUACAUACAUCCCUGAAUGAAGGAUGCGACCACCACCCAUUCAAUAUUAUUUAUUAUCCAGCCUAAUCAACACCAAUUCAAUUCUUAAUGGAUACAAAAUCAAUUAAACCAGCUCUCCCCUCCUCCCUCCCUCACCCUGCCAGCACCCCGAAUCUAUCACCAGACCCCACACCCCAGACUCCGACCAGCCAAGCCAGUCAGUCUGUCGACACACCACACCACAUCACUGCCCACCUACCACGGGGAUUACCAGGCCCUGCAGGGUCCAGACGAAGCGUCGCUCGCGUACCCGAUAUACAGAGUCGGACUCGGACCCAGACUCAGUCAGACUCGGACUCGGAGGCGGAUAUUGAUAUCAUACGCGUACUGCAUACAUUACCUGCGACUUUGCGCGGGGGGCAGAAGCAGAAGUAGGAGCGCGACAGACGACGGACGACGGACGACAAAGGAGUUUAUCGCUUUCGCAUAGGUGCCUCCUACCUACCUACCUACACCUACCCAUCUACCCAUUGCGUAUAAUCCGCGACAUACGUAGUGUCUACCUACGUACCUC